GCCUUCACGCGUUUUCCCCGCCUACUCCAGCCCUGCAACAACCCUGAGCGCUGUGAAUGUUACGUAAGAUUAACUUUUACUUCAACAUUUUUGCAUUUCUGCGCAGAAGUUGAGCGCGCACAGAUUUUAGGCCCUAAAAAACAAAAAGAAAACAGCAACAAAAGCCAUGUCUGAAAAACCUGUGCUGUACUAUUUUAAUGGGAGAGGGAAGAUGGAGUCAAUCCGCUGGCUUUUAACUGUUGCUGAAGUCGAGUUUGAUGAAGUGCUUCUGACAACUCGGGAGCAGUAUGAAAAACUCCUGAAUGAUGGGGCGCUCAUGUUUCAACAGGUCCCUUUGGUGGAAAUGGAUGGCAUGAAGCUCAUUCAGACAAAAGCAAUCCUGAAUUACAUCGCAGAGAAAUACAAUCUGCAUGCAAAGGAUCCCAAAGAACGAGUAAUGAUCAACAUGUACUCUGAGGGAUUGACAGACCUCAUGGAAAUGAUCAUGACACUUCCCUUCACCCCAGAUCCCAAACCCAAACUGGACAACAUUCAAAGCAAAGCAAAGGAGCGCUACCUUCCUGUGUAUGAAAAGGCUCUGACUGGACCCGUGUACCUGGUGGGAGGUAAACUAAGCCUUGCUGAUGUGCUGCUUGUUGAAUGCACCCUGAUGCUGGAGGAGAAAUUUCCAGACAUUCUGAAAGACUUCCCCAAUAUCAAGUCCUUUCAGGGCAGGAUGACACAAAUCCCCGCCAUCAGCAGGUUUCUACAGCCGGGCAGCAAGAGGAAGCCAGCGCCAGAUGAAAAAUACUUGAAAAAUGUUGUGGAAGUCCUAAACCUCAAGUUGCCACUUUAAGAAACACUACAAAAGAUCUGUUACAUUCCUCAUUAGGCACCGUGAUUAUGAUCAGUUACAUCUGGAGGCAUACGUGAAGAUAAACGCUGGACUAACACAACAACAUGGAAAGAACUUCUGUAAUCUGCUUUACCAAUAAACACAUUUGACACAAA